UUACGACAGUUGCAAUCACCCCCCUCCCUACGUCCAGCGUUUGCGUACCUGCGCACUGCGGGCUGGAGAAUCCGUUAGUGACAGGUAGGACUACUUGGACAUUGUUGUGGUUGGGUGAUUAUGUCCUAAUAACCGGACAAUAGGAGAGCGCCUCCGGACAGGCGGGAUACGUCUGGCCUUUCAAACUCGAUGAAGGCGAGGAUUGUGAUCAUUUCACUAACGGGACAAGAAGGAUUUCGCCGGUAGAGAGCGCACAGUCGUACGGAGCCGUUUUGUUCAAAGCCUCGGAGGGAUAGAAUUUCGUCCAUCACUGACAUGUCUUGAGGCAGGCCAAGAAACCCUUUACCUGGGAUGUGCCACUUCUCACCAGGCCAGCAGUUCGCGUUUGAAUUUCAUCAUUAUUUCCGGAGCCACCACCUUCCAUAUAACGUCCUGCCAUGUAUGCAGCAUCCUUCGCUUCGCAGUGCUCGUGAAUAACCCGGGCAGCAGAGCGAUGGCGUUCCCCGAUCUGUGACCACGGUCUCGCCGGUCAUCCAUAUAUCAACUCCGUUCGACUCGACCGAUUGGCUCGUUCGUAAGACUUAAAGUAUGAAGUCAACUGCAUACAAAUAGCCAUAGAGUGGAGUGGCUUUGACAUACUGUUUGUAUAAGACCGUUAGGGGCAUACAAUUGUAACAUAUAUCACGUUAGAAGCACUGUUUUUGAUUCAUAGAAGUCACAUUUUUCUUACUUCUCAAUGAAAGGCUGUGCCGUUGUGCUGACUGUUAUGUUGUAACAAAAUGAGAUUUGUGUGGCGCGUGAGAUGGUGCCGUGAUUGAAUUAGGCCGUGGCAGGUGACUUGUCAAUAUUAAGGACCGGUUUAUCAAUUAUUCAUCCCUGAUCGUCGCCAGCAAUCGAUAACGCCAUGUUUGGACAAGAAGACAGCAGGGAGGAGGACAAAAAUCCCAGUAUUCGCUUGGAUUUGUAUAACUUUGACACCCCAGAGGCCGAGGGGAGUAGGUAUGUUCUAACGAGCCCGAGGUCUCUGGAAGCGUGUGCUCGAAUGGGUAUCAAACCGGUAGAGCUUCUGCCAAAGACUCUAGCUGAACUAGAGGAUGAGUAUUUACCACAGGGGAUGCCCGUACGUAUUAUACACGGCAUGUUUCAAGAGCAAGAGACGGAAAGGCUGCGCCAGUUAGAGAAGUGUAGAGAAAUACGUAAGCAAGUCAUAGCAGAAGAGAAAAAGAACGGAAUGAAAAAGAGGACCCCAGUAUCCUCAUCAGCCAAAUCUGAAGUGCCAAAAACCGUGCCGGGUAGUCUUACACGCAGUCGAACGGCAUGGGAGAUACGGAGUAUGACGUCAGAGAGCACCAGGAGCAGUCAAGAGAGGUCGGACGUGGAUGACGGGACGCCGACUAAGACCAAGAGAACAAGAAGCAGGCACCCGCCAAGAUCACAGUCCGCCACCAGACUCACCCGCAGUACAUCCCUUCGACUCAGCGAUCUCCAGAAACUAAGCAUCUCUGGUAGUAGACCUUCAUCGGCGUCCAGGAGGCGAGAGUCCAACAUCGCUAUGAGGAGAACUCUGUCUGGUGCAGACCUGCCAGAGCGAGACCGCCGCAUAGUUGAGCUCAUGGAAUCACGACGACGGCGAGAGGAAGAACAUGCGGAGAUCAAAACAAUCGCUCAACUGACAGGGAAGAGGAAAGAGAGCGGGAAUGAAACGCAGGCAUCUCGAACAUCACCGAGUGCGGUGAAAAAUGCCACUGAGGUGGCUUUAUACGAGCGGCGAAAAACCGCAGUCGAUCAUCAACGACAACAGGAAUUAGAAAGUCUGCGGGGAGACCUAGAGUCAAAACAUACCGUAUUUGAGAAAAAUUACCAACAACAAAUGUUGCGUAGAGAUCUCAGCCUCAAAGCAAAGUCUCUUGAAGAAAAGCAGCAGUUGGAGCGCAGUAGAAGAGUCCGAGAGCAACGGGACCAGGAGAUGCAGCAAUGGGCUGAGGCUACCGUGGCGGAAAAGGAGGCUGCCUUCCAACGGGCACAUGAAAUCUCGUCACAAACGGCUCAGAACAAGGCAGCGCGCGCUGCUGUGAUCCGAGCGGAGAAGGAGCGACUUCAAAGAGAAAAUCUGGAGCGCGUCAUGACAGAAGACUCGCAGUAUCGGGAGGAGGUUACCCAAACAAUCGUCAGGAAAGACAUGAAAAGUCAGUCCCACCACGAGCAGAGAGAAGCCCACGUGCAGCGGUCCAGACAGAAGGCACAUAGGUCCGCGUCACUACGGGAUAAAGUGCGAAAUGAAUACGGUCGACGCACCUUUGACAAGAUGGCUAAGGAAGCCGAGAGAGUGGCACGCAUGGGAAGUGGUAUCUUUACUGGCAACAAAAAUGUGUCCACCUUCCAAAUAGGUUAGUGUGCCACCUUUGCUAACCUGUUCCCGUUCAUCAAAUCUAAAAGUUCAUGUGGACUUCAUCAUCUUGUUAUAAAACAGAUAUCAGAUAAUGCGGGUACUACGCGUGGAAGGCAGUCUCGACGUGAACUGUUUUGAAACGUGACUCAAGGAAAAGGACCGUCUCGAGCAGAAGGAACCAUUGACUGCGACUCCGUGUAGUCCUGUUUCGAGCGUGCACUCGGACUCUUUUACUGCGCUCCAACCGCUGACUUCGCCACCUCAAUACUCAAGUACUCAGGCUGAGUUGAUUUAGUAGGUCAAACCUGGAGUAACAUGUGUAGAAUAAGCUCUUAAAUCGCCUGCUGUUGAAUGACUUUGUAUAAUACACAAGAGGCAUGCCUUGUAAUGUCAAUAUUUGCUAGUAGUCGGUAGUUGGUGUGGUUUGAAAGUAUUACAUGCAAGAAGUGCCCAGUGUCAAAAUAUGGACAGCGACUAUUCUCCAAGUUGAUGUGUUGUAAUUGCUCUCUCUGUACGUUCUCUAGUUGACACAGUCUCUUUUUUUCAGUAAUGACCGAUAGAACAAGCGAAAGCCUUGGUAACUAGGUUUAUACCAAUGGUAAAAAUGCUGUAGAAGUACAUUUUCUUGCCAUCUGUCUUGUGCACUAGUCUUGAAUCAUACGUUUUUUAGUUCAGUUUGCCUCAAUGCUAAACCAGCCCAAUGACGUUAUAUGAGAUAUAUAACGCCCUUAACCAGCCAAAAUAGAACAUACCUGAAAGCUAGGUCCAGGCUUUACGUGCCAAACACAUGUACAUGUUGAUUGUGUAUGACUUGUAGAAAAGAAAAGACAAAUAAGGUGAACAGACGUUGCAUCAGGUUUACUGUUCGAGCUAUGUAUUAUAAUAGAAUUAAUAUGUAUAACGAUAAAACAUUCCAGGAAAGCAUACUGCAUGUAACAUUUAUGGAAUGCUUCCUGAGAAGAGUUUAGGGUAUGAAGAUAGUGAUUUUGUCUUCCAGGUGUUGGAUAGAAAGUGUGAUAUAUCUUAAAGCUGCCGUGUGACACUACUGUUAAAGUAGUAUUAUUCUAGAAGAGCAUUGGUUAAGAAUGUUGGCGGCCGUUUGCACGCAUUUACCUCUUGUAAUGUUCUAAUUGCUUUUGAAUAAUGUAUGUUAUACCCAGAGUGAAUGGUGCACAGAGACCGGAAGGUCGUAAACUGAUGUCAAUUACAUAUCAAUAAGAGAUAAUGUCAAUGUAAAACAUAUCAAUCAUACAUGCACAAGAGCACUAGGAGCCUCAGCGGAGUUCUCAUUGUUCUAAAGCACUACGUGACUGUACACCUACCUCUGCUUUGCAAAACGUGUAUGUAAGCGCCAGACUGAUCGCUCUAAAAUGUUGAUAUUUGUUUGUAGAUUUUACACAGUUGGAACAUUCCUAGCCGUUAUGUUUUUGCCUUCUGUGGAGUGAUUAUAUUAAUCUUAUAGAAGAUUUAUGUCUCAAAGUUACUGAGAAGUUAGUGCGCUAAGUAGCAAUUACUCAAGUAGCUGGAUAUGGCUUUGGAAAUUUCCAACAUCAUAUGACAUAUCCAGUCGCUUGAGUAACUGCUAUCUGGUGUAUCUUAUUACCUGGAUUUUUAACGUUCAUCGACGUACCAGGGAGGUGAUUUUUAACCUCCUGGGACGUACUGAGAAGUGUUAUGCAUGUAGGUUUAUAUAUAGAUGAAUGGUUCGCGUGAAUUCUUCAUUAUUCUAUUGUUCAAUGUGUAUCAAGAAGACGCCCUUUGAUUAACUGAUUGCGAAGCAAGGUUUAGGAAUAAAGAUUAUUGUGCUGUGCUUUUA